AUGAGUGAAAAGGGGAUGUUAGGGAGGAGAGAAGAUGGUUACAAAGGAUGGAAUGAAGGAGAGUUGUGUUUUUGUGGCGUGGAAGAGGAGAGGGAAGCAUCAUUGGUUGUGUGUGGUCUUGCUCCUUACCAAUAUUUUUUUCCUAAUCCAAGUGCGAAAGAAACAGAGAUGAAGCGGAUAAAGAAAGAUGAGACUGAAGAUAAGCAGGUGAACAAGAAAGAAAAUAUAGAAUGGAGACGAGAGAUUUGUGCAUAUUCAGUUGGCAAAUGUAUCAAGGUUACUGGUGGAGGAGAAAAUCGUAAAUGUUACUAUGAGACAUUCCAGUUUCGUGGCACCCAAUAUAGUCUGGAGGACACAGUGCUUUUGGCUCCGUAUGAGUCAAAGAAAACCAACUAUAUCGCAUUGAUCAAGGAUAUUUAUGUUAAGAAAAAAGAUGGAUUUGUGAAGAUCUUGGUGCAAUGGUUUUAUCGCCGAAAAGAUAUUAAAAUAAAACAUGCUGGAAAGUGCAAAUCUGGAGACUCGGAGGAAAUUUUCUUCAGUUUCCAUAAGGAUGAGCUAUUUGCUGAAUCUGUGAGAAGCAAAUGUCUUGUGUAUUUCUUGCCAGAUGAUAAGCAAACUUCAAACCGUACUCAGCCUCCUGACUUCAUCGUGCAAAAGGUUUAUGACAAUAUCAAUAAUAAGUUGAGGGAGCUCUCUGACAAAGGCUUUAAUGUGCAUCAGAAGUUUGAGAUUAGCACUCUCGUGGCAAAGACGAUUUCAAGAAUUGAAAUUGUGUAA